UUGUGGGUGAUCAGAUCGGAUUGAUUUUGAUUGUGUAUCGCUUCUCUCUCCGCUGUCGGAACAAGCCAAAAGCAGAGGAUAAAAAAAAAAACAAUGGAGUCCAGCAGAGGUCAAGGUGGGAUCCAGCAGUUGCUUGCUGCUGAACAGGAAGCUCAACACAUUGUCAAUGCUGCCAGGACCGCAAAGAUGGCAAGGCUGAAGCAGGCCAAGGAGGAGGCUGAGAAGGAGAUUGCUGAAUACAAAGCUAAAACAGAGCAAGACUUCCAGAGGAAACUUGAGGAGACAAGUGGAGACUCGGGUGCGAAUGUGAAGAGGCUGGAGCAGGAGACUGAUGCCAAAAUCGAACAGCUGAAGAAGGAAGCUUCCAGGAUCUCCAAUGAUGUUGUGGCGAUGCUCCUCAAACAUGUCACCACUGUCAAGAACUGAGAGAGAUUCGAUUCCAUUCCUCUGUAAUAAUCAAAAGCCAUUUAUGAGUUUAUUUCUUUCUUUAUCUCAUUUCAGAGACUCAAAUCUCAUAUGAAAUGUGUUUCUUGUAAUUUAUUCUCUACCUUCUUCUUCUUCUUCUUCUUGUUUGUUGUAUUCAUCAUUUCCUUUUGAGGACUGUUGUAAUAAAAUUGAGAGCUGGAUUAUCCUUUUUUUUA